UUCUAAUUGAAGUUAAGAACAACCACCUCCGUCGCCACCAGCAACAGCAAGCAAUAAGCUCAGCUUCUUCUCCGUCUGCGCGCCUUCUCGACUGCUUCAUGGACAAUCUUAAUGUCGUCGUCUGCGACAAUGGCACCGGGUAUGUCAAGUGUGGUUUUGCUGGAGAGAAUUUCCCUACGUCCGUGUUCCCGUGCAUGGUGGGAAGGCCUAUGCUCCGAUAUGAGGAAUCGCUGACAGAACAAGAGCUGAAGGAUAUUGUUGUCGGAGAUGCAUGUGCUGACAUGCGGAAUCAACUAGAUAUAUCAUAUCCCGUAAAUAACGGCAUUGUGCAAAAUUGGGACGAUAUGGGUCAUGUCUGGGAUCACACAUUUUACAAUGAAUUGAAGAUAAACCCUGCAGAAUGUAAAAUAUUACUUACCGAUCCACCUCUUAAUCCCUCAAAGAAUCGUGAGAAAAUGGUGGAAACGAUGUUCGAGAAGUACAACUUUGCUGGCGUCUUCAUACAAAUUCAGGCUGUGCUGACAUUGUAUGCUCAAGGUUUGCUGACUGGAUUGGUUAUCGACUCUGGUGAUGGCGUCACACACGUGGUUCCUGUUGUUGAUGGUUAUUCAUUCCCUCAUCUUACAAAACGCAUGAACGUAGCUGGUCGGCACAUAACUUCCUAUCUAGUUGAUUUACUUUCACGGAGAGGGUAUGCAAUGAAUAAAACCGCUGAUUUUGAGACUGUCAGAGAAAUCAAAGAGAAGCUUUGCUACAUAAGUUAUGAUUACAAGAGGGAGUACCAACUGGGACUUGAGACUACCAUUCUCGUUAAGCAUUACACUCUGCCAGAUGGAAGGGUUAUUAAAGUCGGCACUGAAAGAUUUCAAGCCCCAGAAGCUCUAUUCACGCCAGAACUCAUAGAUGUCGAAGGUGAUGGGAUGGCUGACAUGGUAUUCCGCUGCAUCCAGGAAAUGGACAUUGAUAAUCGAAUGCUGCUCUACCAACACAUUGUCUUAAGUGGAGGAAGCACCAUGUACCCUGGAUUACCCAGCCGUCUGGAGAAAGAAAUACUGGAUCGGUAUCUGGAAGUUGUUCUCAAGGGAAAUAAAGAUGGCUUGAAGAAAUUGCGGUUGCGUAUUGAGGAUCCACCACGAAGAAAGCAUAUGGUGUACCUGGGAGGUGCUGUACUUGCAGGAAUCAUGAAGGAUGCACCUGAAUUCUGGAUUAGCAGAGAAGAGUAUCUAGAAGAAGGAAUUCGUUGUCUGAGCAAGUGUGGGCAGGCAUAACCCCUUUAAAUGCAGUUCGCUGGUACUAUUUUCUGCUGGCACCAUUUGAUGGGUCGAUUCCUUGCGAAAGAAAAUGGAUUUAAGAUUGAAUGUGCUGCUUUAAAAGAAUCACCGAACUGCUUGCCCGCACGGAGUCGAAUAACUCGAGCCACUCGCCCCUAUACCCAGCCACUGCAGUGCAGAUCGAGUUCACUAUUCCGUAAUUCCAACAAAUUGUAUUCCCAGACCCAAAAGGGUCAUACAGGAUGAAGAUAUUUACAUGAGAUAGGAAUGCUUAUAAUUACAUCUCUGUUGUCUAUACUGUUUUGUAUUUGCCAAUGCUGGGAUUUCCUGCCAUCUGACUUCUCGAUGAUGGCGUGCAGGCAUUGGAUAACAUUUGUUUGUCUUUUACUUUUCCAAGAAAAUCCACCAGCUCUGCUGAAAUGUAGUUCGAAGGGCUUGCUUGCAGUUGAA